UCCUCCGGUUUGCAUCACAGAGAGAGAGAGAGAGAGAGAAAGAAAGGAGCGUGUGUAUCGAGGGAGAGGGAAGUGUCAUGGUGGUGUUUUCCUCCUGAAUGCAUCCGUAAGAUGUGAAGAUGGCGGAGCUGCAGAUGCUGUUGGAAGAAGAGAUUCCCGCCGGUCGAGGAGCUCUGCUGGACAGCUACGCCAACCUAGAGAGAGUCGCCGAAUAUUGCGAGAGCAACUACAUACAGUCUCCAGAUAAGCACAGAGCUCUUGAAGAAACCAAAAGCUACACCACUCAGUCUCUGGCCAGUGUUGCGUAUCUGAUCAACACUCUCGCCAACAAUGUGCUCCAGAUGCUGGACAUACAGGCGUCCCAGCUGCGCCGCAUGGAGUCCUCCAUCAACCACAUCUCACAGACGGUGGACAUCCAUAAAGAGAAGGUGGCCAGACGAGAGAUCGGCAUCCUCACCACCAAUAAGAACACUUCUCGCACACACAAGAUCAUCGCACCAGCCAAUCCCGAGAGGCCUGUACGCUACAUCCGCAAGUCCAUUGACUACAGUCAGCUUGAUGACGUAGGCCACGGCGUGAAGUGGUUACUAAGGUUUAAGGUCAACGCCCAGAAUGUGAAAGCGGGUAUGACUCCACGCACAGCUGCUCCUACCCAGAAACCCCCCAGUCCCCCCGCUCUGGGCAAAGGCACCAUUGGGCGACACUCCCCUUACCGGACGCUCGAGCCAGUGCGUCCACCCGUCAUCCCUAACGACUAUGUGCCGAGUCCAACACGCAACACCGCACCUCCCCUGCAGAGCCCGGCUAGAACUGCAUCUGUAAAUCAGAGGACCCGCACGUACAGCAGCAGCAGCAGUGGCAGCAGUCACCCCAGCAGUCGCAGCAGCAGCAGAGAGAACAGUGGGAGUGGAAGUGUGGGCGUGCCUAUCGCUGUGCCAACCCCUGCCCCGCCCACGGCCUUUCCUGGUUUAACACCUGGCCCUCCCAAACCUCCCCCGAGCGUUACCAUCCCCGCUCCUCCCGUUCCUCUGCCUCCUCCCACCCCCGAGCCAGUGCCCCCCGCCCCAGCCCCCACCCCAGCCCCCACCCCUGCUCUGCCAGCAGAGGGCCCUCCUGAGAUACCACCCCCCCCACAACUGCCCCUCACCCUCCCCGUUACCACCAACACCAGCCUUGCUGCUGCAACUAGCACCCCCGCUCAAGGCAACGGCCCUCACUUUUACAGUAUGACCCGGCCAAUGACGCGCCACGCCACACCCUCUGUGGGAGGUUCCCUGCCGUAUCGCCGGCCGUCAUCAGUUACUGGACAGCCUAACAACAACAUGCCUCAGAACACAAAUCCAAACAUGAUCGAAAACCAACUGAAUGGAGGACCACACUACAACCAAAACCAAGCCCCUAUGGCCCCUCCGCCCCCUUCUAUUCUCCAGAUCACUCCUCAGCUCCCGCUCAUGGGUUUUGUGGCUCGGGUUCAGGAGACCAUUUCAGACGCUCCUCCUCCCCCGCCCCCUGCAGGAGAGGCGGAGUUUGAGGAAGCGACCCCGCCCCCACCUCCUCCGGAGAAUUAUGAGGAUGACGAGGGUGAUGAUGAGGAAGAGUCAGCAGUGGUGGAGUACAGCGAUCCGUACGCUGAAGAGGACCCGCCGUGGGCUCCUCGCAGUUACCUGGAGAAAGUGGUGGCGAUUUACGACUACAUGUGCGAUAAAGAAGACGAGCUGUCCUUCCAGGAGGGGGCGAUCAUUUACGUGAUCAAAAAGAACGACGACGGCUGGUUCGAGGGUGUGAUGAGCGGCACCACGGGCCUCUUCCCCGGGAACUACGUGGAGUCCAUCAUGCACUACGCCGACUGAGCCACCGGGUGGCGCCGCUGCUCCUUCGUUUAUCUGAGUGCGCACAUACAUACACACAGGAACAUUCAGUCAAUUCUGCAACACUACGUCAUGCGCAGGCUUUUUGCGGACGAACAAACUAGGAACUCGCUGCAGAAACAAUAGAGGCAUUGUGUACGUUGGUAAAGAGGACAGUGGCCAAUUGUAGGGGAAAAACUGUCGAAACGUGUAAGAUAAAUACAUAGAGAACAUUUAUUCAUCUCUUAAUUUGAAUCUUUUAGAAAUAUGUAUCGGAAACGUGUUGGUUUGCUUGACUUGUGUUGCUAUCAAUUGCUUUGCUUUUGCUCCUGUACACCUCUGUCUCUCUCUGUUCUGGAAGGGUCGUAGCUAGUGAAAGAACAGAUAUUCUCUCGUAAAGCCUGAAGAUGAAAAGUGGUCAGAAGAUGGACACUGUGGACAUGCAUGUUACUUUUUACAUCAUUUCUUGAGUCACGUGACCAGCAAACGAGAGAACGAGAGCAAAGAUUUCCACGUAUUAUCAUGCCAGGAAAUAGAGAGUUUAGAUUCAGGUGGGUUUUUUCUUCUUUCUCUUUGUGUUGGAGGUUGGAUUUUCAUUUUAUAAACAUACAAUCUGAGUGCAGUUCUACUUUAGCAGAAGGAUAUACCAAAGUGGUGGUUUGAAUCGCAAACAGGACCGAAAACAACCUUAAAAUACUUCUUUUUUCUCCAUUCCGUUACCUUGGUUUCUUUCCGACAAAGAUUUUAUUGCUUGAUAUACUUGCAAGUCUGUGUAUUCUUUAUAUGUAUGAUAAAAAGGAAAAAAAACACUAUUAAAUUGUUCAGGAAGAUCGUGCCAUAAAGAAAUGUUUAUAGACGGUCAUAUUUUUGGUCACGAGAGCUUGAAUCCUGUGUUCUCCAGGAAGUGUAUUGUGAUCUUUAACCUCAGAUUCAUCCCUCUGACCAACUGUGGACUUAAAGAUACAAGAUUAUACUUAUAUGUAUGUUAUAUAUUGAUUUAUAUUAUAAAAAUACUGUUGUGUUGAUGUAUGACUGAUGUAGAGAAAAGAGACCCCCCCCACCCCCGUUAUCUGCAAUAACAAAGGCACAGUUAGAAAGUCCUCAGUGAUGAGCUCGAGAUAUCUAUGAAGCACAAGAGAUUAAUGAUUUUAGGGACCUUACAAAAUGUGAAGAACUGACUUUUGGAUUAAGUGAAAAACAGAAACCAGCCCAAUAUUUCAAAUCAUGCUCUGACCCACAUGUAAAUAAUGUGGAACAAACUGUAAUACUAAUGCACAGAGACCUUUUCUAUCAAGUACUUUGAUGUCUAUAUGUAAGUGUGUGUGUGCGUGCGAGUAUGUGAGCGUGAAACUGAGUUCACCGUUUAUGGAUCUUUGGUGACUAACUUGCUUGUCUGUGUGCAAAUCUUUAUUUUCAAUGAAAGGUCUGUGGUGGUGAGCGUGCGUGAAACGAGUCUUGCAUGUUGAUCAUUUCUGUGAUUUUCCUGCUGAUGGAGAAUAAACUGGAUAUCUGGUCUACUCGCUCAAGACUGCGAUGAAGUUUUACUUUCGGUCCCUGUGCAUCAAGCUUAUGAAACAUUUCUAGUUAUAUUAAGUGGUAUGCCAACUUGCCAGCACCACUCGUUUUCAAUGGCAGAAAUCUAAAGAAACAAAAAUGCAAAAUAAAUCCUGUAUUACCCAAAAUAAGAGUUUCAAUCUUCAUCACUUUUCACUCCAUUGCAAAUGUUUUAUGACGUCGCUGCUCAUUGGCAGGUCUUAGGGUUCAAGUCCACUGACCCGCAUCACACUCCACCUUUAAGUUAAUGAAGAAGAGUAAAAAAAGCACAAAACCAGGCAAGAAGAGUGGUCCAUUUUUUAUGUGUUAAUCUGUCAAUUUUAACAUUAAAACUUUCUUGGGUUAUGUACAUAAUAGUAUAAAUCAUUUCAACUGAUGUUGAACAUUUUUAGUCAAUUUAGACAAUCUCUCUUUUCAACCCCGUCACACCUACACUCCAAAGUUACAUAUUUUAUGAGUCUACAUUUGAUUUGAUCUGAAUAUUUGAGAUUUUUUAAUCUACAGUAACUCAAAAAGUGACACUAGGCUAUCUUAAAUUCAACGUCUUCAAUAUAGGACAUACUAGAGCAGUGUAUUAACUUACAGCAGAGCAAAAAUGGUAAUUUAACUAAACUAGUACAAAAAUCAAAUCUAUGCUUGUGUUCCCAUGUGUAAUUAAUGGCCAUAUAGCACACAAAUUUCUAUUCAAAUAUAUCUUCCAGUACAAUAAUAAUGUUUUGAGCUCUGUGUCAGAAGUUCACGGUUUUAAUUUUCACGGCGCUACACAUUUAGUGCACUUCUAUAGAUGAUAGUUUCUCCCGUGCAAGUCUUUCCCUCUCCCAUGUCAAAUCAUUAGUAGUUAUCAUGUAGAAUUGAUCAUAUAUAUAUAUAUAUAUCCGAGACUCCAUUUAACUGAAACCCAAAUGUGAAAAAAUGAAUUUCUAAGAGAGAAACUGGUCAAAACAUUAACCUACACACAUAGUUUUACGCGUAAUAUUGCUCACGUCCUCUCUGAUAUAUUGACCGCUGCUAUACAGAGAAACAAUCGGAGAGCAGCAUCCACACACGCGGGACAGGAACAAAAAAAAAAGGUUUCAUGGCAGAAGAGGAAAGGGUCAGAGUUGAAUUCAUCAAAAGGGGUUUAUAUUUUGCGACCCUGCCGUCUUCUCCCCCCUACGGCUCACAGAUCAGCGUCUCCGUCACAUACUUGUUCUCAAAAUGCAGGAUCUUGUGACAGUUAAGAGCCUCUCGCUUCUGGAUACC